AUGUGUGCAAGUACCAAACCUACUGGGCUCUCAUUUGGCACUCCUGCAUCUACCUCUCAAGCUCCAACUGGAGUAGCAACAGGGUUCAAGUUUGGAGGAGCAGCAUCCCAAGCAUCAGGUGGACUACAACUAGGAGGUGCAACAGCUACAUCUCAAGCAAGUAAACCUCUUGGUUUUGGACUGGGUUCCACAGCUACUACUUCUGCUGCAGGUACUGGUCUAACUUUAGGAACACCAAGUACUGGUACAGGUCUAUCUCUCGGUGGUACCCUUGGAGGUACCCUAGGAGGUACCAGCACUGGCACUGGUCUGACCUUGGGUGGCGCAAAGCCUGGUGGGUUGACCCUUGGUGGAUCUAAACCAGCUGGAAGUGGAUUCAGUCUAGGAGGAACCUCGGGGACCGGACUCACUCUGGGAGGUACAACAGGUCUUGGCCUGGGAGGGACCGCUACCACAUCUUCUGGGCUAACGCUUGGUUCUGUUUCUACCAGUGGAGUGUCAACCGGCCUUGCACUAGGUGUUGUUGCACCUACAGCUAAGGUUGGCCUGGGUGGUGUGGACCCAUCAACUCUUUCUACUUCCACUGCUACGUCAACCUCAAGUACUGCGUCAGAUUCAACUGGCAAAGGACAAGGUGUCAAGGAGAGUGAUGUGCCUCAACCAAUAUGUCAGAAUGUGAAGAAUUUCAAAGAGUAUGUUAAAAAGCAAAAAUCCACACGCGAGGAGAUUUUACGUUUCUCUGACAAGCCCCUCCAUCGAGUGCGUGAAGAGACAGCAGCCCUUCAUCAGCUCCUCCGGCAAGCCUCCAGCAGCCUCCAAAGGAAUGCUGCAGCUGUCCGUAAGCUGAAGGAACAGUCUGCUCAGCAGCUGAAGGAUGUAGAGAUAGCACAGAGGACUAGGGAGAUACCAGCUGCUCUACAGCUUGAAUACUCUGCACCUACAGAGUAUUUCCAGAGACUUGUUUAUCAGUUUGAGCAAGAUAUGGUGUUAUGUAGACAACAGAUUGAACAGAUGGAGAGUUUCAUGGCUGCCUUGGAGCAACCUGCUUCAUAUUCACCUCAGGAGCUAUCCAAUAUCAUGGUGAAACUCAACGAGACCUUUGUUGCUUUGGCUGCCCAGCUGCAAGGUGUUCAUGAAAUCAUUAAGGCCCAGAAGGACCAGUACUUGAACUACCGUCGGGUAUAUCUAGGAGACUCGCAGGAUGUCUUCUCAGCCCGUCGUAAGCUAGCUGAGAGACAGACCAGAUCCAAGACCCAGUCCAAGGGUCCUCAACCCUUCACACAGUUUCCUAAUAUGGCUCUGGUUAUGGCAACCGCUAUGCAAUCUGCUCAAAAACCAACUGGUAUGGGAGGUGGCUUGCAAACUGGUCUCGGUACCACCACAGGCUUGGGAGGCACUACUGCAGGAUUGGGUGGUACUGCUGUUGGAUUAGGUGGUACCACAACAGGAUUGGGCGGUGCAGGUUCAACCUUUGGAGGCACAACUGGCUUUGGCACUGGCUUCCAGAACAAAGGCUUUGGAACUGGCACUGGAACCUUUGGAACAGGCUCAACACUAGGAACAGGCCUGGGUUCGACCUCAUCAACCUUUGGUGGUGGAACAGGUGGUCUCUUUGGUAGCAACCCAGCAACUACAACUUCAGCAACUGGUUUUAACUUUGGCGGUAGUCUAAGUGCAGGUCCCACUCUAGGCUCUACUGGUGCAGCAGGUGGUGGAUUUGGUGGCUUUGGGACUACACCAGCAGGUACCUCAUUUGGAUCAACCACAACAGGAAAGCCUUUACAACUUCAAAAACCCCCUCUUAAGACGCGGAAGAGCACACGCUGAUAUUGUAACUCAUUUGGCUCGACCACAACAGGAAAGCCUUUACAACUUCAGAAACCCCCUCUUAAGACGCGGAAGAGCACACGCUGAUAUUUUAACUCAUUUGGAUCGACCACAACAGGAAAGCCUUUACAACUUCAGAAACCCCCUCUUAGGACGCGGAAGAGCACACGCUGGUAUUGUAAUCCAGUAACCGAAUUAGAAACCAUGACGACCAAAGUUGACCACCACCUGAUAUCAUAUUUACAAAGAGAGCUUCAGACACAAAUAUCCAUCUAUCUGGACUCAUAUCAACUUUUUUGGGUUUUUCGUACAAUGGAAUGACGAUACUUACUUAUAUGGUUUACAUGUACGUGUUAAAGCACCUUAAUAAAGUCACAGCUGUGUCUUUCCUGCAGGAAUCCUUUGCAGCAUCUUUUCUUUGCUCAUCCUUCAAUAUUAGCACAAACAACACUUGGAAUGCAGAAAAAAGCUGAGAGGGAUUCCUGCUAAACGAUGCUGCAAAUACUUUUCCUAAAGAUCUUAGAUAUGUUUCUGAUAUUAGUUAAAAUCCUGAUCCUAAUUCUGGACAUCUAUUGUUGAUUUAAUCCUCAUAACUGGUCGUGGUCUAGUGGUUCUGACUCUCGUCUUUCAAACAGAGGGUCGUAGGUCUGAAUCCUAGCCAUGGCGUGUUUUCCUUCAGCAAGAAAUUUAUCCACACUGUGCUGCACUUGACUCAGGUGAGCGCCGGUGAAGGUAGCUUGAGCUAAAGUCGGAAAUAAUAGCAUGCGCUUUGUGUCCUCAGGCAAAAAGCGCUAUAUAAAUCCAGCUAUUAUUAUUAUUAACUAGUAUAAAAACCCUGACUUAACAAGGUAAAUAUUUAUGAUACAUCAAUAACCCAGUUUAUACUGACCUUGUUAAGACUAUACAGAUGUUCAUAUUGUUAAGAAGCAUAAAUUUAUUGAUCAUUAGCUCUGAAACAUCUCAAAACUUGAUGGGGAUCCACACUUAAUUUAAUGGGUCAUUCGCUGGGAAGAACUUUGAGGCUAUGCUAACUUGUAAGAACAAGUCUUCUACAAGGCAUAUUAGUCAAAUAAUUCAUAAUAUUCAUUUCAGGUGGUGUGAAUCCUUAUAAAGGUUUGUUAACAGAGUUUUGCUUUCAUAUUGUGGUAUUCUUAUAAUACAUCCUGGAUUUUAGUCCUGACUAAAAUUGUAAUUGGUUAUACGAGCAUGGCAUUAUACAAGCAGAAGGCUGUCCUGCCAAGUUCCUACAGGAGUUGACCAUAACAGAAACAGACUAAACAUAAAGUUUAUAAAUACACUUUUAUGGAAUGUUAGGUUUCGUCUUCCUUAUUCACUCUUCAGGACAGACAAAAUGGAGCAAAGAAUAACCUUUAACAUGUAUUCACUAUCAUUCCAUUGUGAAAUAUUUCUUUUACACUUGUGGCUGCAUGAAUUUAAUAGUCUGUUCUUAGUAAAUGAAUUGGCAACUGCCACUGCGUAAGAAAUAUGGUUAAUCCGAGGUAAACUGACUCUACGUUAUAAGAAUACCAAUCAUAAUGUUAAAAUUUAAAAGCUCUGGUUGUUGCCUAUAGUAGAUUGUAUAACUGUCUUAUAAUUUGUUAAUUUCAAGUUAGAUAUUUAACUCAGUAAGGUCCUCUGCCAUUUUUAUAGUCAGUCUUUGAAUUGCUUUAUACAUUGAAUCUAAUAUGCCUUGAAAGAAACCAAAAGAAAUCAUCUGGUCAAGAGAUUAUGGAAGAAGUUAUCCCUCAUCAGAGAUGAAAUGUAUUCUUUCAUAUUUUUCUGAAAUAUAAUUUGUGUCAGUGCAAGAAUGCUCUUAACACCACACUUUCGCGAAUCGCAUUCACGGUUUCUGCUCCAAUUGGGUGUGCGGAAAUGUUUCGCUAAGGGCAUUCUUUCACCAACACAACAAAUUGAGUUUGAUAAUCUUCCAUUUACAAAAUGUGUAAUUGAUAGCCAAAAUAAGGUCCCGACUUAAUGGAGUUUUUGACAAUUUUGUACAAUACGAAAGUAGGAUACAUGUGGUCUUUACCUUUUGUCAUCACACAAAAAUAAAUAGGCAAGAACAAAGCAUUCAUAUACAAAUAAUUAUGUUUCUUUCUUCAGUAAAGAGCUACAACCUUAAACAGUGAUUUACAUACAUGUCCAUGUUAACAGGAACGUGUAUAGUAUGUGAAUAAACAUCACCGUUUUGUACAGUUCUUCUGUAUAAACUUGAUCAUGUGACAAUCAGCGUAAUGGGACUAAGCCUUUUGACAAGGUCUCCCUCUGUAUAUGGUCUGCUGUGGAAAGACUACACUCAUGGGCUAUGAACAGCAUUGACAGCUUGUGAGUAACUAUGUUGCCUUUGUCAGCUGUUAAUUGCAGUGUAAUGUUUUAAAAACACACAGUGGAGCUUUGCCAAAAGGCAAAGUUGACCUUCAAAUAAAAUUGUUCAUACUACUAAGGGACUUGAAUGCUGAAAAAUUCCUUUUUACAAGAUGGAUAAAACUUCACUUACAGAUGAUAAAUUCAACUCUACUUGUUUAUUGAAUUACAAAUCUAGGCAGUGCUAAAGCAUUUCUAAUCAAUGUCACUAAAAGAAAGAUACAAAAAGGAAUGUACUCUAUGUCAUAACAUUUAUUUUUUUGUAAUUGAGAAUGUCAAAUAAAUUGUAAUAGCAUAAAAAUAUAAUGGGUAGAGACCACAAAUGAAAACAUUCAAGCAUUAUAGGAUAGUGCUGUGCUUCUUGGUUUUCUAAAAUAGCAUAAUUGAAAUUUUACAUUUUAGGUGAUUUUUGCAGAUCGCAUAAAUACUGUUAAUUUUGCUGCAUUAAUCAUGAUACAUUUCAAGUGAAGACUAUAUUUUGUAAACAUUUCAUUUGCUUAACAAGUAUUUUCAAUAGGCUGAUUGGAUGUGUUACAUAAUGCCUUUGAAGAUAAUUACAAGAGAAUGAAUAAUAAAUAAUGUGUAUUAAAAUUGAA